AUGAUUAUGAUGAUGAUGCGCCGUGUGAUGUGUGUGUUGGCCGUUGUGCUGUGCUGCGCCGGUGGGUGUACCAUGGCGGAUCCUGUUGAUUGGGAGGGUUUUCCUCAUGUUAAUGAGACGGAGAAGAAACAAGCAUUGGGGUUGGUGUGUAAGCAUAACAGUAAAGCUACUAUUGGUGGUUUUACUUGUAAGGACGCGAUACCACCACCAGAGGCCACGAAACCUGACGCCAGCGUACCGCAAGAACAGCAACAACAACAACAACCAUUACUACUACUACUACUACUGCUGGACAACCAAAGGCGGUGA